CCUUACCCAUGUUAUCGCCCGUGUAAAUGAAUGUCACCGUAGUAGUCUCAGGAAUGGCAGUCUACUGUUGCUUGUAUGGCUAUACCUGCACGGCUUUUCUUAGUUGAACACGCGCUCAAGAAAAAUUGUUACGCUUUAUAAACGAAAGGAACUGAUCUUUGGUGUUAUAGCUGCACAAGUUCCUGGCUGCUACGAAGGAUGGGUGGCGGCCAAUCAAAAGACAGGCAGCAUGAGAAGUCUCUGGACUCUGCAGAAGAUCCAAGGUCUGCUGGCUCAAAAAAAUUGAAGGAAAGAGUUAUGGAGGGACUUGACGUGGCCUCCAAUUUCCUGGAAGCCGCCAAACCCAUGAUUCCAUUCCCUGGCGACGUGGUUGCUGGCUCGCUGGUUGCCUUCAUGCGCCUCGUAUCCCAGGCUGUGACCGACCAAGAUAACCUGGCCAGGCUGCAGGAGCGGGCGGUGGACCUGUACGACCUCAUCAUGGAAAAGCAUCCCCCACAUGUGUUGCCUGGCGCUGCAACGACGCAACAACCGCAGCAAGGACCAGUGCCAAACGCGUACAAGAAGCUAAUGAGUCAUUUCCACGCCUUGCUUGAAGAGCUCAUCGAGUACGCCCGCGAGUUUUCCUCCCAGGGCUGGCUCCACCGCUUCCUCUCCGGAAACUAUCACCGACGGCGGUAUGAGCGAUAUGCAGAGCAGCUGCGCAACCUGACAAUUUCGGCGCAGUUCGCGGUGACACUGGAAGAGGCCAAAAACAAUGCGGAGAUGCGGGCUAAAAUGGACGAGAUGAUGUCACUGAUGAAGUCACAGAUGGCGUACGUGGACCACAGCGCUAAGGCUCUUGCUGCCAUGGAGGAGUUGGGCGGCCUGGAUGCCGUGAUGGCAAACGAGGACAAGAUUCAGGCGGUGGCGGAUAAAAUGGACAUGGGUCAGAAGCUGACCUAUAUGUUUAUAAAGCAUGCGAUUGCAGACAUGCAAGCAAGUAUGGUCAAGGACGGCGACAAGGGCUUUCACCGCAUAAUCCGUCACAUGCAGCUGCGCAUUUUCUGGCACACCUUUUUCAAUGGGCAGUGGCAUGUUCCCUGGCGCCUGUGGUGGUCGGAGUUCCCGAGUGGCCUGGAGGAGGUUCACCUGGAUCCAGGCUACGUCUUAGAGUUGUGCAAUAUGUUAGAAAGUGAUGAGGCGAAGCAGGCGUUCCAGCAACAAGUCGAGCGUUUUGACACUGACAUCGUCAGCGUGGACGAGCUCAAGCUGGCCUUCCCACCGGGCGUCGACCUGCUGCAGCGCGUGCGCCAGCUCAUAGCCGUCACAGUGGCAGGCAGCAGUGGCCACAGCAGGGACCGGUACUCAGAGGUACCAGUGAGCGGCAGCAGCACACCCGUGUUUGCCUGCGCUGUCAUUGAGCCGCCGCUCACACCAGCCGGCAGCAGUGAGGCGACCCCAAGCCACACCCGUCGCCAGUACGACGCUGUGGCCAAGUGCCGCCUGCCUGAGCUUGACCCGCUCUACAAGGGCCGUGACGCCGAUGCAGAGCUGAUGGUGCGGCUGUUGAAGGAGCAAGCCGCAGCCCAACGCGGCGUGUGCCUGCUGGGCGGUGCUGGCCUGGGCAAGUCCAGUCUGGCGGUGGAUGUGGGGUGGAGGCUGGCCAAGGAGGGGGCGUGCCCAGGUGGCGCGUACUUUUGUGACCUACGUGAGGUGUCGUCCGUGGAAGACGCCCUGAUGCGCAUCAUGCAGGCGGUGGGCAGCGCCACACCGCCAACGGGCGACGACGCCCUCCUCAAUUUGCUUGCGUGGCUGCGCUCCACCUCGGCUAGUUGUGGCGGUGACGUGUUGCUGGUGGUGGACAACGCCGAGGACGUGCUGCAGGCUGAUGGCGGGAGAGGCGAGGGUUUCAGGGACGUCAUGGCCCAGGUGUGCAAGGCUGCAAUGGUGCUGGUCACAUCGCGGGCGCCCAUGGCUGGACCAUCACCAUCUGGUGGUAGCAGCAACAGCAGCUUUAUCGACCACCCGCUACGUGGCGUCGAACGUGGCCCAAGUCGGGAGCUGGUCGCCUCAUUGUGGGGCGGUGCCUCCCCACUGGCAGCGGCUGAUGUGGACGUCCUGCUGUACAUGUGCCGCGGGGUGCCGCUGCUGCUGCGCACGUGUGCGGAUGCUCUGGCACAUGGCAGAGUCACACUGGCGGCGUUGAAGGCUGCACUCACCAACACAAGCAAUGAUGGCGCCACCGCUCUGCACCUAGCCUUGGCUUCUCUGCCGCUGUCCCAACAACUGCGCCUAGUCCAACUCACCGUCUUCCCGUCCCAGUUUGACGAGGAGUCCGCUGCCGUGGUGGUGAACGGUGACAGCAGAGACGUGUCACGCGUUCGCGCGCAGCUUGCGGUGCUGUACAGCCAUGGCCUGGUGGUGCGCAAUGUUGCUGAUGGCACAUACAGCCUGCACAUGGCUGUGCGCACCACUGCAGCGGGGCUGGGCACCGGGUUGGCCUCAGCAGCAGCAUCGGUAUCAGGAGCCGCGGCCAGCAGCAACGGCGCCACCAGCAGCGGUCAGCAGCGACACCAACAGUACCAGCAAUUCACCAGGGCGUUGACCACUGCUCGUGAGCGGUUUAUAGGGCAUGUCAUGGCUGCCUUCACAGAGUGGGGCCGGUUGUACAUGACACCUGACGCUCUGCUGGCGCUGCGCCUAGCACGGCAGCGUGUGCCAGACUUCUUGACAGCGGUCCAGAUAGCAGCAGCAGAAGCAGCGACUGCACCCAAGCUGUUGGAGCUGGUCUUGCAAUCUGCGACUCGGGAAUUGCAAUCUUUGCUGCUAGCUGUGGGUGGCGUCCUGACGCCCACAUUCUACGACACCUGGCACAGAUUGGAGGCAGCAGCCAACGCACUGCGUGAUGGUCCCCUAGCACCCUGCCUCGCCAACUUUGAAUCUAUGUUGGGUGGAGAGGCCGCACACCGGCGGGCACUGGAUCUGCGCACCAAGGUGCUGGGCGUGGAGCACCCUGACACCAUCAGCUCCUUGAGCUACCUGGCCAGCUGCAUCCAGAACCAAAGCGAGGCAGAGCCCAUGUACCAGCGGGUGCAGGAGCUGAGCACGAAGGUGCUGGGCGAGGAUCACCCUUUCACCAUCCGCUCCAUCAACAGCCUGGCCAACUGCAUCAUCAAUCGCGGCAAGUACAGCGCAGCAGAGCCCCUGUACCGGCAGGCGCUGAACCUGAGUACCAAGGUGUUGGGCUUGAAGCACCCUGACACGAUUAGCUUCACCCACAACCUGGCCAACUGCCUCCUCAAUCAAAGAAAGUACGGCGAGGCAGAGCCCAUGUACAAGCAGGCGCUGGAGCUGCACACCAAGGUGCUGGGUGCAGAGCACCCGCACACCAUCCGCUCCCUCAACAGCCUGGCUAUCUGCAUCGACAGCCAAGGCAAUUACGACGAGGCAGAGCCCCUCUACCGGCGGGCGCUGGAUCUGAGCACCAAGGUGUUGGGCAUGAAGCACCCUGAUACAAUCACCUCCAUUAACAACCUGGCCAGCUGCAUCAACAACCAGCAUAAGUUCAGUGAGGCUGAGCCCAUGUACCGGCGGGCGCUGAAGCUGAGCAACAAGGUGCUGGGCACGAGGCACCCCUACUCCAUCACCUGCAUCUACAAUCUGGCUAGGUGCAUCCACAUUCAAGGCAAGUACGGCGAGGCAGUGCCCAUGUACCGACUGGCGCUGGAGCUGCGAACCAAGGUGCUGGGCGCAGAGCACCCUAACACAAAACAAACUGCCCGUAAUUUGGAGCUGUGUGUGCAUGCUAUCUAGGAAGUGAGCGAGUGAGAGCGAUGGAUCCUCGGUAGUUAGGGGUUGGAUGGUUUGCAGUAAGGUUGUACGACUUUCUAGCUCCUAUACCUCCGUGAGGCUAUGGGUGCGGUUACGGGGGUUGCGGAGGGGCCUCACAGUGAUGCGUUUUCACGGUCCCAGCUGUGGCUUGUCUUGCCCCCACGUGGGAUUAAGCCCGUUGUUUGGGAUGUUGUAGCUUUGAUUGGCUGCUCUGGCGGCACUGGAGAGAGGCCGCCAAUACUUGUAUCGUGAUUGGGAUUCGUGUACACCUGUUCCCACUGGUCGUCUGCGACACAUCGGCGCCGAGGUGGUUGUUGAUUUCUGGGCCAGCAGGGUAUCCUCGUUUGCCAGUUUAGGUGUCAUUCCCCGGGGCUGGGCCUCAAUUCCGUCGAACCACCCGUUCCUUGCCCGUCAGGGUAGCCGUGUUGUGUUUUGUAGGCCGCCUGGUUCCGGUUCUCCCCCUAGUUCUCCAUGAUUGUGACCCUGGUUGGACUACUUAAAGCCUAGGGGCCUAGUGUGGCCUUUUCUCGGUCUGCAGCCAUGUACGUUUGGUGUUGGUGGCUUAUGGUCGGUCACUUAGUCUUCGGCUCCCUUUUCUGUGUGGGAUAAUCCCCGUUCAAACAUGUUUCCUUAGUUCAUUCAUGGGCCCUGUGGCUCUUAGUAGUUGGUCUUUCGGCUGUACGUGCUUGGUAUAGGUGGUUUGCGGCCUUUCUGUCGGGCCUGGUGUGCCCCCUGCUUGGGUAGGGCGGUCAACGCUCUGUUGGAAUGUAUGUCUAACGAUUGGCCAGUACGGUCUCCUCACUGGUUGGUCCUCCAGCGUAAUCCCCGCUUCCUAUACCUCGCGUUGAUGGCGUUUUGUCGUUAGUUGUCGCACGUACUGUGCACGCACCUAAGGUCCCAGUCAUUUUGGUGGGUGAAUAUUGAAUGACGUGCUUGUGUGUUACCAAGGUCCGAAGGUCUGGAUUACUUUGCUUGCUUGUCACUUGGUUUAUUUACGCUACUUGUGUUGAGGGCCCCUUUCCGCUAAUGUGAUAUGGUUAUGAAAUGUGCUCGCAGGUAGGGUCCAGGGUCUUGGGGCCAGACUGCGCAUGGAGGGCACGUGUUAUUUAUUACCUCAGCGAUCAUGUCCUGGAGGGAAAGGUGUCUGCCGCCGUACAUUACGCAUGGCUCAUGAAGUCAGUGGGUCUGGAAAGGGUCCAUGCAAAGUGCUAUAGCAUGCGCUAACUGAGAUACAGGGUCAGCCUGCCGUCAGCGUCCUCGCCUUUACCUUUUCAUGGAUUGGGGCUUAUCCUGCCAAGUUCUGGACGAGUGCCUUCUCUCAUUGUGUUUCAUAGAGGAAAACGUCGAUGCCUGUUUAUGUCUCCGUUAGCUAUCAGGGUAGUGCCGUUGGCGGGUCGGCCCUGCCAGCGUUAGUCCUUGCUCGACGUAUUCAUAGGCAUCGAGCAUAACAGUGGUGCCCAGGUGCUCAUGCUGGAUGCAUGUUGGGAUAAACACGGUGCGUGUGGAGAACCACCUGUUUGUCACCCUGCAGCAUUGGAUUAGUAAGCAUUUAACCAGCAGGGCUAAUCCUAGCUGUCAUAGGUUUUGCUAGGGCAGUGGUUCCGUGGAUCCGACUCCUGCGCUGUAUUUGAAGCCUUUGGCAGUCACGGGCGGAUGCUCGAGCCCCUUCAGUUCAUUCGUGCAGACAUGACAUUGCUCGUGAAAGUUCAUGGCCGGCCCGGCCUUCUCUGUAGGUCCGGUGAUCAAGAAGGGGUGCCCAUCGCGUGCCACACGUUUUAGUAGUAUUGUUAGUAAUCACAUUGAUGCGUACGAUAGGUAUCUCUGCGAUGGUGGUAGAGGUGAAUGGGAGCAUGAGAAGGAUGGAAGCCCCACCUUGGACGGUGAGAGCCACACCAACUUGCUACAUACCGUAAUGGUAGACGUUGCGACUUUGUUUGCUAUGUAUCCACGAGCUCUGGGUCCAGAUGCUGAUUGGCAUGAGCUGUAGGGAUGGCAGCUAAUGCUUGUAGUGUGAAAUCCUGGAUGGGCGGCAUGGGCAGCAUGUUUGCCGCUUGCACCAAAGAAGGGCAACAGCCUUAGUCACCUGGUCUCCUGUCGGCAAUUGGUGUAUGUAGCACGUUAACUGCUUGACCGCGAUGGUCACUGGCUUUCAAUUUGAUUUGACGUAGGCAUCCCUAUGUAGGCCUGCGAUUGCAUUGUGACGCCGCCGGUUUGGCCCGGUACUACACUCAGCUAAAUUUACCUGUUCUUUAGUUACUAAGGUAGCAUAGUGCAGGGAGCGCCGUGACUCCUGCUGGGUAGCCCUCGAGUUAGAGGUGGCCCUCUUCGAGCAUGAGGCGCCGAGAGGUGCCAAGGCGUGCUGCUAUGUACGCCCAAUGGACGGAUAGCCCUAGCUUUGAAGGGGGAAACCCCACGGCCUGCUCUGGCUGGCUUUUGCCAGUGCCGUUCUAGCUUUCCCCGCAGAGGGCAUGGACGUUUAAUGUGUUCCAGGCCUGGGUGUUUGGGUAUUGAAGUGAAUUACUAUGGAGUGCGCCCCACGUCUGAACGGGUUAUUUGCAGGUGUUGCAAUAAUAGUAUUUCUGGAAAUGUUGCUGAAGUGGAUGGGUUUUGUGUUUCUGUGGAAGGAAUGCCAGUGCUGAAAUGAGCUGCACAGCGAGUACACGAGAAGUCUGUUGUUCAACUUCGGUAGUAGGUCCAUGAGGGACGACAUUAGGACAUAGCCGUGAGGCUCUGCUGGCUAUCUAACUACAUGAGCCGUGUAUGGGAAACCCGCUAGUGUAUCAGGAACCACUGUACGUUGUCGCAGAGCUGCAACCAAACGAUGGCCCAGGAGGGGUCCUCACCACAAGACCAACUACUUUGUCGAUAGUAUCAUUGGCCCCCCUGGCUCGUACGGACGUACGGGUGUAGCCGUUGUAGCCGUAAUAGCCAUUGUAGCUGUACAGUAAUGCGAUGGCUGCUUUAUUUAACUGCUGGAAUAGCCCACGUGCUACUGCCCAUAUGUAGCCCCACGGUCUAUCUACUGGUAGGGCAGCUAUGCCGGCAACCAUGAAUGACAAAAUGCACAUCCUACCUAGGCACUGUACUGCACUGCUGCAGCUGUCAAGGCUGUUGCCGCCGCUGAUCUAGUAGUUCGACCGAGGCUCCUCGCCACCUGUAUGUAAGAG